AGUGGAUUAUUGUAUGUACUGGUUAACAAAACCUGGUUAUAAUCCAACAUAUGUACAUAUGUAUAUUUGCGCAUACGAGAAAGAUAGAGAAGACAUUUUCGCGCCGAUACGACCACCCUAUACUGCUGACUGCUUGCUUGCUGGUUUUAUAUUAAAUAUACCAAAUUGUAUACGGCAUAUGUGCAGUAUGUGCACUAUCGAAUUUACUUUUAAACCGGCAAAUAUUACAAUCAUUGUUUAGGCCUUAAAAAGUUGUUUUACUGCAUAAUUUAUAAGAUAAUUUAAAAGCUGUAAUACUUAUAAAUUUUAUGCCAGUGUUAAGAUAAGACACUUAAGUCAGUAUAGCAACGGGAAUUUAGUGGACAAAAUUUAUUUGCUGCUAAGGAGAUCGUCCACGGAUUUAAAAUAAAAUAUCAAGAUGUUGCAAUUAUCGCCAGCGUACAUGGAGCGGUUCCAGCCAAACUACUCGUAUAUAUUUGAAUUCGAGCGUAAGUUUGAGCAUGAAGAUACACGUGACUGGAUGACAGAUCACUGGAAAAAUUCAGUUUACUUUGGUGCCAUUUACUUGAUUGUAAUUUAUGCCGGGCGUCAGUGGAUGGCCGACAGACCGAAGUUUGAAUUGAGAGGACUCCUUACCGUGUGGAAUAUCGCGCUGGCAAUAUUUUCCAUAAUGGGUGUCGUUAGAACCGUGCCAGAGUUCUACCAUGUGCUAAAAAACUAUGGGUUCUACCACAGUGUCUGUGUGCCCAGUUUUAUGUUUAAUCGAGUAUCUGGUUUCUGGGUAUGGAUGUUUGUGCUGUCAAAAUUACCCGAGCUGGGGGACACCUUAUUCAUCGUGUUGAGGAAGCAGCGAUUGAUAUUUCUCCACUGGUACCACCAUAUGACCGUGCUGAUGUACGCGUGGUUCUCAUACGCCGAGUACUCUGCGCCAGCACGUUGGUUCGUUGUCGUAAAUUACACUAUCCACGCAAUGAUGUAUACAUAUUAUGCAUUAAAAUCAAUGCGGUACUCCCCGCCUACGUGGAUCGCUAUGAUGAUAACGGCAUUGCAAAUCGCACAAAUGAUUGUCGGGUUUGCGAUAACUAUUUGGGUUUACCAAAUGUACGUAUCGCAUGGCCAGCGUGAAUGUCAUAUCACUAUGACAAACAUACGCAUAAGUGCUCUAAUAUAUGUAAGUUACUUGGUACUGUUCGCGAAAUUCUUCCACGAGGCCUACAUGACUGACAGAAAAAUGUCCAAGAGUAUCUUCAACAAAGCCCAAGAAAGUGGACACGUCAAUCAAACCAACCACAGUACUUUCAACGGCAAGCUCAAGAGCAAUUAGAGGCUUGUAAGAGUAAUUAUUAUUACUGUUGUUAUUAAACACAGAGACAGUGUUACUAUAAAAUGGUUUACUUAGCAGAUCUAGGACCUUAAGUCAAAGGACUACGCAAGAGCCUCCAUUGACAAUGCUAACGUCGGCGAAUUAUUUAAAAUUACAACUUUAUUUUUAUUUUUAAAAAGAAAACGCACUUUAGCUAUUAAAUAUACAAAUAUAUUUAUAAAUGCACCGAAACACCUCGGCAGUGAUACGAGAGUUAUGUUUUAUGAUCCAGGGCGUCGCUCAAUGUCCCAGCACAAAUUUUAUCAAUUAUUGUCAAGUGACAAUUUAUUAACUAAGUGGUAACUGUGAAAAGCGUAUAAAUAUUUAAAACAAAAACGAUUAUGGAUUAAGGAUUAUUGAUUGUCUGUUGUGUGUGAUGACAUAUAUAUAUAAAUCUAUAUGUAAGUUAAGUGGACAGAGACAGGUAUUUAAAAUGUGAUCGUUUCUUAAAACCGGUCUCAACUUUACUCGUUCUCUUUCUCUAUCAUAAUUGUUCGUGUGCGUAUGCAACUGGCUCUCUUUCUCUAUUGAGAGAGUCAUCGACCACUUAUAUUUUCCCUUCGUGUCACGGACUAAACAUUUUUUUAUUAUAUAUAUAUAUAUAUACAUAUAUAUACAGUUUAACCUACUUCCAUGUGCUCGUGAGUGACCUCAAGUAGUCGAAUAAUAACGAAAAAAAAAUAAAGAAAAAUAAAUAAUAAAAAAUAAAAAUAAAAAUUAAUUUAAUUGUACAUUGAACAUCAUAAAUAUUUAUAACAGUAAUUUGACAGUCCAAUUGGCUGAUUAAUAUUUGCAUUUAUUAUUUAAAGUUCACGAUCUUAAAUACCAUUUAUUUAUUUAUUUACUUAUUUAUUAUUAUUAUCGCUCUAAUUAAUCUUUUAACGUAAUUUAAUUAUGUCAGUUUACGAGACUCGUAAUUCAAUUAUAUAUCAACAUCAUCACCAGACGGUUAUUCCAUUCUGUUACGAUUUAAAUUAAAUGACAAACAUUAUCUCGUUAGAUUUUUUUAAUUUUCUCUUCUCUUUUUUUUUGGCAACAAUGAUGAUAUUGAAACACGUGUUACAUAAAAGCUAUCUUGUUAUUUUAAGUAGAGAUUAUAACAGAGUAUUUAUAUUGUAUAUGUAACGAUUAUUUUUUGUGUUUACCAAUACGAUUACUCAUUUGGCUUCCAUCAACUUAUGUGUAUAAUAUUACAUACACAGUAUUUAAGUGACUGAAGAGAUAAAAAAAACACAUCCGAGUUAAGUCAUAUCUGUGGCACAAUUUUUUUCCUAUUAUUUUAUUAUCAUUUAUAUAUUUUUUUAUAUAUUCUAUUCUAUUGUAUUGUAUAAAUUUUAAAAAACAAAUGUCUUCUGUAUUUUAUGCGUGAUAUUAAUUUACAUAAAUUGACACUGCGUAAAAUGUAGUAAUUAAAAUUAUUAUUAUUUUUAAAAUAACUCGCUAUUGACGUACAAAGCACACGAAUUUAAAAACAUCACGAAAAAUAUAUUUUUUUUAUGAGAAAGAGAACGGUAGAGAUUUCUCCAGUGAAAAUAAUUUUUUUUUUAAUAAAUUUUGUGGAAAAAAAAUUUCACGGAUUCCAUUAUUUGAAAUGUUAUUAAUCAGAGGAGAAAUACUAUAAAUAUAUCAGGUGGAGAUUCAUGAAUUUAUUAUUUCGAUUUAUAAUUUAUUGUGACAGCUAAUUAACUAAAAGUUAUUUCGGAGUAAUUAUGAUAAAGUAGAGAGAGAGAGAGAGAGUGAAUGAAAAUUAUGUAAAUUGAAUGGGCUGAAAGUUUAUUAACUAGCGGAGCCUUGAAAAAUCUAUAUUAUUAUUGACAUUUUAAAUAACUGUAAUAAUAAUAAUUAUUAUUAAUAUUAAAUUUGGUCAUUGUGCUAUUAGCUUAUAAAUAAAUGACCGCCCAAGUCAAGCGUUUCGCGCAUUAUAUGUCUGCGAGUCAUUUUAAAUAAAUAUUAAAGUGUUAAGUAUGUAAGUAAUGUAUAAGCGUAUAUUUAAAGUGUAUGUAUAUGAAUAUGAAUAUGAGUGAGUUAAAAAAAAAAAGAGUGAGAAAGAGAAUGAGGAAGAUGCUCGUACGCUACUGUUUUAACUAUAAUUUUUUAACGCUGUCAAUACUGCAAUUAGUUUAUAAUAAGGGUACGUAAUUGUAAUUACAGAUAAAAUUUUGAAAUUUUAAUAAAAAAUUAAAUUAGUGCGCUGUAAAAAAGUAGGAGUGAUUACGGAUUUUAUUUAAAUCCGAAUUCACUCCGUCACUCGGAAGUCCGGAGUUUUUAAAAAAAAAUCACUUCGCAUGCGGAGUAAAUAAAAAAUUGUUUUUUCAGGUGAGUGCGGAGUGAUCUGGAUUUUAUUUAAAUCUGCAUUUACUCCGAUUCGGAGUUUUCCUAUUGAAAUAAACUUCCCCUUGGAGUGAAUUUCACUCCGAGGGGAAUUAAAUAAAUACAGUAAUCCGCUCCGCAUUCACUCCGGAUUUACUCCGGUAAUUUUUUACAGCGUAUGAGGGCUUACGGUCAGUAACUUAGAAGUAACAUGUUUUAAAUAAAAUAAAAUUUAUCAGAUUUAUCGAGAAUAAUUAAAUUAUAAAUGAAAUUUAGAGGCUGAUUUUAUGAGAUGGGGGCUACAAAAAAGUUGAGCAAAUAAAAUGUCUAUUGUCUGAAUAAUUAUUGCGCAAAUGUUUGAAUACGAUGUACUGCUUGUUCUCUUACAUAUUCGUCCAUGAAUUAAAUAGCUUUUUUGGAUUGCGUGAUUGCAUUUAAAUCGAAAAUAAAAAAGUAGAGACCUAAUUAAAUUUGUAGAAGCAUUAGAUCUAAAGCGCGCAGGACGCGCCGCGACAAUUAAUCGAUAUGUAUUUGUGUUCGCAAAAUUUAAAAAUUUAUUUUCCGGUAGUAUAAGUGUACUGUGCUUACAAUUAUUAUUAUUACUAUCGCCGCUAUUUAUAGUAUAAAAAUUAAUUUAUUUGGCUCUUCAGUCUCCCGUCUCAGAAAAAUAAUUCGGCAGCUCAGAGUUACUCGCUUUAUUUUUUUAUUUAAAAAAAAAAAAAAACUAGCCUUCGUGAUUGAAUCUCAUAUUUUUGAUCUAAAUUAUUGCUGGUAACAAAGCCCGUAGUUACACAAUAUUUUAUUAUUACAAUUAUUAGUAUUAUGUAUUUGGGAAAUAAUUCAAUCAACAUGUUGGGGUAAAUUAAUAAAAAAAAGUCUCCCGUAGAGAGGCAUAAUUUUUAUCUCUUAAGUAUGACCAUACGCAUCUGGAAUGUGUCUUAAUUUUUGUAAUUUAAAUCUAAAAUUGUACGAAAAAAAAUAAUUGCUAGUAAAAAAAACAAAAAAAAAAAA